UUAAUAAGAUUCGCACCGCAAAAGAGAAAUUCCAUUUUUCAAAUAUACCAGUCAAAAAUAAAAACGACAGUGAGAAGUCCGCCGUAGGCAGCGCAGCAACGUAAGUCGUGUGGAGCUUGAGCUUCCUUCGUCUUCUUCAUCGAAACCACCUUUUUGUAGAAUAAUUGUCAUUCCAAAGCUCAGAAAAGUCCAGAUCUCUCUCUUUCUCUACGAUUCAUCAGCAAGCUCAGAAAGUCCUACAGAAUGUCCAGCGACAGCGACGAUUUGGACGAGGACGAGCUCCUCCAGAUGGCUCUCAAGGAACAAGCUCAGCGAGAUCUCAAUUACCACCACAAACCUCCUUCCAACAAUUCUCGCAAGCCCGUCGCCAAUUACGUUCAGCCUCCUCCUCAGCCAAUCCCUCGCAAAACCGCCGUCGCCGGAGGAGCAGCUUCUCCGGCCAACAACCUCCAUGCUCGUAAGCCCUCCUCCUCUCAUGGAAGCUCCCGGAGAGGAGGAGUCAAUGACGAUGACGAUGAUUCCGAGGUCGAGAUGCUCAGCAUUUCCAGCGGCGAUGAAGAUUCCACAUCCAGGGAACAUCAACGUGGACCUUCCAUUGGCGGUUCCAGAGGCCGUGCUGGUUCUUCCGCUAGAGUUGGUGCUCGAAAAGACGAUGAUGCUCAUUGGGAUGGUGAAGAGCCCGAUUGUUGGAAGCGCGUCGAUGAGGCCGAGCUUGCUCGUAGAGUUCGUGAAAUGCGGGAGACAAGAACUGCACCGGUGGCUCAAAAGUUUGAGAAGAAAGUAUCAGUAGUAGUAAGAAAAGGACUUAAUAAUUUACAAUCCUUUCCUCGUGGCAUGGAAUGUGUUGAUCCACUAGGCUUGGGGAUAAUAGACAACAAGUCAUUAAGGUUAAUAACGGAGGCUUCAGAAAGCUCUCCAUCCAAGAAUGAUAAGGAUUAUCUGGACAGCAACCUUCGUGAGAAGUUGUUGUAUUUCUCUGAGAAAUUUGAUGCAAAGCUGUUUCUGGCCCGUAUACAUCAAGAUACAAGUGCUGCUGAUCUGGAGGCUGGGACUCUUGCUUUAAAAAGUGAUCUCAAGGGACGGACUCAACAAAGAAAACAAUUGGUCAAAGACAAUUUUGACUGCUUUGUCUCGUGCAAAACCACAAUUGAUGAUAUCGAGUCAAAAUUAAAAAGGAUUGAAGAUGAUCCUGAUGGGUCAGGGACUUCACAUUUGUAUAGAUGUAUGGAAGGAGUAAGUUCGUUGGCCAAUCGUGCUUUUCAGCCUUUGUUUGAGCGACAGGCACAAGCUGAAAAGAUCAGAUCAGUUCAAGGAAUGCUACAGAGGUUCCGGACAUUAUUCAACUUGCCAAGUGCUAUCCGUGGGAGCAUUAGUAAGGGAGAAUAUGACUUGGCUGUUAGGGAAUACAAGAAGGCGAAAUCAAUUGCAUUGCCAUCUCAUGUUGGAAUACUCAAACGUGUUCUUGAAGAGGUUGAAAAAGUGAUGCAUGAGUUCAAAGGCACACUUUAUAAGUCUAUGGAAGAUCCACAAAUAGACUUAACAAAUCUUGAAAACACUGUAAGGCUGUUAUUGGAGCUGGACCCUGAGUCAGAUCCUGUGUGGCACUAUUUGAAUAUACAGAAUCAUAGAAUUCGAGGUUUGCUUGAGAAGUGCACCUUAGACCAUGAAAGUAGAAUGGAAACUUUACAUAAUGAGAUUCGUGAAAGAGCUUUGUCUGAUGCAAGGUGGAGGCAGAUGCAACAGGAUGUAAAUCAAUCGUCAGAUGUCAACUAUUCUGCUACUCUUGGGAAUAACCACUUGGUAGAUUCUCAAUCAGUAGAUUUGUCAGGUGAAGAAGUUGAUGCUCUCAGAGGAAGCUAUAUUCGAAGAUUAACUGCUGUACUUAUCCAUCAUAUACCAGCAUUCUGGAAAGUAGCACUUUCUGUUUUCAGUGGCAAAUUUGCAAAGUCAUCUCAAGUUUCUACGGAGUCAAAUACUAACACUUCAGCAAAUAAAGUUGAGGAAAAAGUUGGGGAUGGAAAGUACUCUUCUCAUUCUCUUGAUGAAGUUGCUGGAAUGAUUCGCAGCACCAUAUCUGCAUAUGAAGUCAAGGUUCAGAAUACAUUUCGUGAUCUCGAAGAAUCAAAUAUUCUCCAAUCAUAUAUGAGUAAUGCCAUAAAGGAGAUUACUAAAGCCUGCCAAGCUUUUGAAGUCAAAGAAUCUGCUCCUCCUAUUGCUGUUACCGCACUAGGAACACUUCAUUCGGACAUAACCAAGAUUUACAUAUUAAGGCUUUGCUCGUGGAUGCAUGCAUCAACUGAAGAGAUUUUAAAGGAUGAAACAUGGGUUCCUGUAUCUAUUAUUGAAAGGAAUAAGUCACCAUACACAAUCUCGUUCUUGCCAUUAGCGUUUCGUUCUGUUAUGGCCUCAGCAAUGGAUCAGAUCAGUUUGAUGAUUCAGUCUCUAAGGAAUGAGGCCCCAAAGUCAGAAGAUAUAUUUGUGCAACUGCAAGAGACUCAAGAAGCUGUCAGACUAGCAUUUUUAAACUGUUAUCUGGAUUUUGCUGGUCAUUUGGAGCGUAUUGGGAGUGAGCUUGCCCACAGCAAAUCAAGUAAAGAAAGCUCACCAUUGCAAAAUGGAUAUUCUCAUGAAUUAAAAGAGAAGUCAGUGUCAGAUGUCCCUGGAAGUGUUGUUGAUCCACAUCAACAGUUGUUGAUAGUCUUAAGUAACAUUGGCUAUUGCAAAGAUGAACUUUCUUAUGAGUUGUACAACAAAUACAAACAUAUCUGGCGACAGUCUAGGGAAAGGGAUGAAGAGGACAGUGACAUACGAGAUUUAGUGAUGUCCUUCUCUGGUCUUGAAGAAAAGGUCCUUGAGCAAUAUACUUUUGCUAAGGCAAAUAUGAUCAGAUAUGCAGCUGCCAACUAUUUGCUGGAUUCCGGCAUUCAAUGGGGUUCAGCACCUGGUGUAAAGGAGUACUUUUUAAGUGCUGGUAUCAUGCAGGGUGUACGUGAUGCUGCUGUGGAGUUACUGCACACUUUGGUAGCUGUGCAUGCGGAGGUUUUUGCUGGUGCUAAGCCCCUAUUGGACAAGACACUUGGUAUCCUUGUUGAAGGUUUAAUUGAUACCUUUCUAAGCCUUUUCCAUGAAAACAAGGACAAAGAUCUUAGGCUGCUUGAUGUAAAUGGUUUCUGUCAGCUUAUGCUUGAGCUCGAAUAUUUCGAGAUCAUAUUGAAUCCUUACUUUACACCCGAUGCAAGGGAGUCUCUGAAGUCUUUGCAAGGGGUACUCUUGGAGAAAGCCACCGAGACUGUUUCUGAGGCUGUGGAGAAUCCGGGGCAUCACAGACGACCAACUCGUGGGAGUGAAGAUGCACUCACAGAUGAAAGACAGCAAGGAUUGAUGGUGUCACCGGAUGACUUGAUUGCACUUGCUCAGCAGUGUAGCUCUGAAUUACUUCAAGUAGAACUUGAAAGGACUCGCAUCAAUGCAGCAUGUUUUGUGGAGUCAAUGCCAUUAGACACGGUACCUGAAGCUGCUAAAUCGGCUUAUGCUUCUUUUAGGGGAUCGGUAGAUUCUCCCACAAAAAAUUAUAGAGGAACACAACAAGCUGGAUCCUUAAGCUUCUCCCGGCAUAGGCGUCGAUGAGUUUGUGGUGACCUAAAUUCUUGUUUUAUUGAAGUUUUCCUUGUGUAUGUGUUAAAAAGUGUUGUGGUGUAGUCAUUAAUUGAGUAAAAGCCAUAUUCUUUUGUUAUUAUUAUAAUUGUUAAUUCCUUUGGGAGUUUUAUUUUAGCCUUUUUGCUUUAUUUGAACGUACGAUUCUACGCUCUGUAUAUGCUGUUUAUGUUGUAAUUUUGGCCUUUGAGAGACUUAAUAAAAUUUCCAUUCUAGUUUUCAA